CAAGGUUGGCCUCUGGGGCUUUGGCGCCCGCCUCCAGACCGACCGGAUCCCUAUGUCUGCGACCCGCUCGACCACCUCGGACGGAGCCGCCCCAGCCUCUAACUCGGACACCAGCAACCCCCGGGCAUCUAUACAAGGAUCUGUCCCGCCCUCAGUAUCCCCCCGGUUGUCCCGACGUCGGUCUGCCCCACCCUCAGUACCCGACUCCACCCGGGUAUCAAUACCAGGAACUUCUACAACCAAGAACUCCCUCCGAGGGUCGGUACAAGAAUCCAUCCCGCCCUCGAUGCCCAGCUUCCUCAAAAUAUGGGUACCAGCACCUCCACAACCCCGUAACACUCCCCAAGUGUCACUACUUGGGUUCACCCCGCCCUCAGUAUCCGGCUUCCCCUGGGGUUCGGUACGAGGACCUCCUACACCCAGUAGCUCCCCCCAACUGUCAGUACAAAAGUCCAGCCAGGUCUCCAUGCCCGACUCUCCCUGGCUAUCUGCACCAAGAUCUGCCCCGCUCUUGGACUCUUCCCGAGAAUCGGUACAAGGGUCUGCCCCGACCUCGGUUCUCAGCGCCCCCCGAGAGGUCGGUACGAGGAUCUAUCCCGCUUUCGGACUCCUCCCGAGUGUCGACACAAGAGUCCACCCAGCUCUCAGAGCUAGGUUACCCCCGAACAUCGGUGGAAGAAUCGGCUCCGCCCCCGGGUUCCCCGGGAGUACCAGUACCAUGGUCCGCUCCGCCCUCAGCGCCCGGCUCCGCCCGGGUAUCGGUGGAGGAAUCGGCUCCGCCCUCGGGCUCCCCCCGAGAGUCGGUAGAAAAGUCCGCUCCGCCCUUGGCCAGCCCCACUCCUCUACCCACGACCCGGGAGAACCUCGACCAGAGCAUGGAGAGUCAGGAGAAGGCGAAUAGAGCGGGACGCAUGUUCGACGUAGUCGUGAUAGGAGGCGGCAUCUCAGGAUUAUCUGCCGCCAAACUCUUAGCAGAACAUGAAGUUAAUGUUUUGGUUUUAGAAGCCCGGGACAGAGUUGGAGGAAGAACAUACACAGUGAGGAACCAACAUGUUGAUUACGUAGACGUUGGCGGGGCUUAUGUGGGACCAACCCAGAACAGGAUCUUACGAUUAUCUAAGGAACUGGGUUUAGAAACUUACAAAGUGAACGUAAAUGAGCGUCUUGUUCAAUAUGUCAAGGGGAGAACUUAUCCAUUUCGGGGUGCCUUCCCUCCAGUGUGGAACCCCAUUGCCUAUCUGGAUUACAACAAUCUGUGGAGGACAAUGGAUAACAUGGGAAAGGAGAUUCCAGCUGAUGCACCGUGGGAGGCACCACAUGCGGAGGAAUGGGAUAAGAUGACCAUGAAAGAUCUCAUCGAAAAAAUCUGCUGGACAAAGACUGCUAGGCAGUUUGCAUCUCUCUUUGUGAAUAUCAAUGUGACCUCUGAACCCCACGAGGUGUCUGCCCUGUGGUUCUUGUGGUAUGUGAAGCAGUGUGGAGGCACCACUCGGAUAUUCUCCAUUACCAAUGGGGGCCAGGAACGGAAGUUUGUAGGUGGAUCUGGUCAAGUAAGCGAGCGGAUAAUGCACCUCCUCGGGGACAGAGUGAAGCUGAGGUGUCCUGUCACCUAUGUUGACCAGUCAGGUGACAACAUCAUGAUAGAGACGUUGAAUCAUCAACUUUAUGAGUGCCGGUACGUAAUUAGUGCUGUCCCUCCAACUUUGACUGCCAAGAUACACUUCAGACCAGAGCUUCCUGCAGAGAGAAACCAGUUAAUUCAGCGUCUUCCAAUGGGGGCUAUCAUUAAGUGCAUGAUGUAUUACAAGGAGGCCUUUUGGAAGAAAAAGGAUUACUGUGGCUGUAUGAUCAUCGAAGAUGAGGACGCUCCGAUUUCAAUAACCCUGGAUGACACCAAGCCAGAUGGAUCGCUGCCCGCCAUCAUGGGCUUCAUCCUUGCUCGAAAAGCUGACCGCCUUGCUAAAGUCCAUAAAGAACUAAGGAAGAGGAAAAUCUGUGAGCUGUACGCCAAAGUGCUAGGAUCCCAAGAAGCUUUACAACCGGUGCACUAUGAAGAGAAGAACUGGUGUGAAGAGCAGUACUCCGGGGGCUGCUACACUGCCUACUUCCCCCCGGGGAUCAUGACUCAGUACGGAAGGGUGAUCCGCCAGCCCGCAGGCAGGAUUUACUUUGCUGGCACGGAGACGGCCACACAGUGGAGCGGUUACAUGGAAGGAGCAGUAGAGGCCGGAGAACGGGCAGCUAGAGAGGUGUUGAAUGCUUUGGGGAAGGUGGCAAAGAAAGACAUAUGGGUCCAAGAACCUGAAUCAGAGGAUGUUCCAGCUGUAGAAAUCACCCACCCCUUCUGGGAGAGGAACCUGCCUUCCGUGACAGGCCUACUGAAGAUCAUCGGAUUUUCCACAUCGAUAACUGCCCUGUGGUUUGCGGUGUACAAAUUCAGGCUGCUGACCCGAUGCUGAAGUUUCAGCUUCAUGCUUUCUGCUUACUCUUUCCCAGCAUCAUCAAAAGCAAAAUGUUGACAAAUUGAAAGGCUGUGUCAUCGGAUCAUCUUUAAGUGCACUGAUUUAACCCCUCAGUUUAAUCUCAGUGUAUCACCUCCUUAAUUUCCGUAAGAUCAAACUCCAUCUUGUGAUUUGUCUGUAGACCAGCUCGUAUUGAUUGGUAGAAAAUAACCUUGUGAUCAGUUUCUUAAUUUCAAGAAGUUAAAGUUGACAUGCUCAUAAGAAA